CUUCGGGUGUUGGUGGCAGUGCUGAGGGGCCCCUGGCUGCCCCCAUCAUGGCAUCUGCUCGCACUGUCCUCUUCCUCAGCUGCUGGCUGGCCGGGCACAGCGGAGUGUGGGGAGGGCGUGAAUUUCUCAAACCCACCAUCUCGCCGAGCCCCAGCAGGGUGGUGGCGCUUGGGGGAAACGUCACCAUCCGCUGUGAGGGUUUGUACCCGGGCAUGGAGUUCUUUCUGCAUAAAGCUGGACAACUGAACCCGCAGAGGCAGACGGUGCCUGAUGGGACCGUGGCUGAAUUUCCCAUCCCCAGUGUCAGCCGGGAAGAUGGAGGGAACUACACCUGCGACUAUCGCUCCAUAACGGAACAGAAUCGCACAUCGCAACUCAGCGACCCCGUCGAGAUCAUUGUAGGAGAGCCCAACUACACCAAACCCAACAUCUCCAUGAUACCCAGCAAGGAGGUCCCCCUGGGGCGAUCUGUGAGCGUCUGGUGUCAGGGGCAGGGCCAGGGAGUGAAGAUCGUGCUGAAUAAAGAGCGACGCCAUUUCUCACCUGUGGAUUCGGAUGGAUCGAAGGUUGUGUUUUCCGUCAGCAACGUGAGCCGGGAGGACGGUGGGAGCUACAGCUGCUCCUAUCACAGCAGAUCUAAGCCAUUCGCCGUGUCGUACCCCAGUGACCCCGUGGAGCUGGUGGUGAGAGAUCCCAGCUUACCCAAACCCUCCAUCUCUCUGAGCCCCACUGGGGUCACCGUCCCAGGGGCAAACAUCACCAUCCGGUGCCAGGGGCAGCGCCGGAACGUGACGUUCUUCCUGCACAAGCCUGGAGACAUGAACCCGCUGCGACCUGUGGACCCUGCUGGGGACGGGGCUGAGUUCCACAUCCCCACCGUGGGCCUGCAGCACAAAGGGAACUACAGCUGCAGCUACCAGCUCCAAUCACAGCCCUUCGUCUCCUCGCAGCCCAGCGACUCAGUGGAGCUGGUGGUAGCAG